AUGCCUUUUGAGGAGAUUUUCGAGGCUCGCCACAGUACGAAAAUAGAUUUACCAGUAACGGCAACAUAAUCGCCAAAUACUUACAUAUAACAACGUCAAGACAGUAAUCAGGAAAUCGUAGAUUAGUCACCAUGCUGAGACCACAUGUACUAAAUGCCAGCCUAGGCAUGCGUGAUUUGCAGAUCCUCACUCGCCGUUUAGCUUUGAGAUUUUUUUAAUAAACAGUGGGUGCCUCGGUGUUCCUGUAAGCUCUUAAAGCUUAUAUGCUACUGCCUGCUUAUUGGCUCCGUGCAACUAUAAAAGUUUUUGCAGCUGCUGACUGAUUUUAGCUAAUGUUUAUAUCCGGAGUGUGCAUAAAUUGCUUUACCUCGAAGAUUUUGUCUCGAACUAGGGUUAUGAUUCUUCUGGAAAUUAAAGCACUAGAAAAUAAAAUUGAAGUUUUUUCCACUAGGAAUUGAAGUAAGUUAAGAGGUAGAAGGCCGCAUAUGACCCGAACUGACAGCCCUUGACUCCGACAGUGACAGAAUAUAUAGUACUUGUUCAGGCAGUAUGAUUAAACGUCCAGUGUUCGUAUAUCGCAAUGUUCUUCCGCGUCCGUAGCCAUAUAAUUUGUAUGAUAUAUCACACUCUAAAGUUUAGGCGAAACAAACCCUGUCUGUUCUUUUAAACUAUGCCCUUAUCGGCAGCCUCUAUGGGCGACAGUGCGUUUAUAUACGCGUUUUUGCUUUGGAUAACAAUAGUUUCUAAAAUUUGCACAAGCCAGUAGUGUAACUAGAAUAGACCUAGUCUAAGCAGAUAAUUGGUAAGGAUUGCAAACAAACGUACAAAAAGAAAAAUGUGAAUGUUUGCAACAAAAUUCCUUAAACAUAAUUCAGCUUAAUAAUUAUAAAAAUACUGCAUUAUGAAACGUGGCAUUCGACCAGGCAUUUUACUUCUAAUAAAACCCUUCAAACUGCAUUGAGACCUUUGUCUUCAAAUGGCUUGCGGUUCCAUGCCUUGAUAAUUCAUGCCGCGGCAUGAUUUUGUUUCAGUGGUAUAAGUUAUGAAUCUGAAUCCUAUGUACCCACAGGAUAAAAAAUUUUCAGACAAAACAAUCAGUCUUACAUAAUUAAUCCCAAGUGCUAAUGUGGUCCUUGUUCUCUAUUUAGUUUAUUUAGCUUAUUUUCACAAAAUUUAAACUAAAUGACCUUUGAGUGUUACAAGCCAAAUCUUCUAAUAGAACUUAGUAUAAACAGCUAAUUUUAGAUUUUCAUAACGAAGGAAAUGCGAAUUCAACUUUACAAGUCAAUGACUAAAGGCACUUUCCUAACACAAAGAAAAUACGUAUGUCUUGUGAACGUGCCGGACAGUCGACACUCACGUACAUUAUCCGGUACGAUACUUAGUGCUACUUCCCGUGAUAAAGUAAGUGAACGAACAUGAUCGCUCAGUUGACAAGGAUUUCUGUGAAUUAUGACUUCAUUGUUGACCGUUGGUUUCGCAUGUCUAAUUGUCUAGUCAUUCGUAUGACCAAGUUACAUUGUUUGCGCUAAAGUGCCGUAGACAAUGAGUCUACAAUAUAUGCGGUCAUUAUUAAACAUAUUAUUAUAAGUUACGUCAGGAGAAACUCCAUUCAUUUUCGGACUUUACUGGGCGUACGCAUUACCCCAAAUUUAAAAAGCUGUUCAAAAAUAAGCACAACAUUUGUCUCAUAAGAUCGUCCCAUCUCUGAAAAAGACAUUUUUCCUUAAUAACGCUGCAAGGCAGAUAGGGAAUUAAAACACCGGCGCCUUCCUCAAUUUGCAUUGCUGAUAAAACUACGUUCCCGUUAAUCCUUUUUAAUGUUAAAAUCACUAAGAACUUGUCGUAGCAUAGCUUCCCAAUUAGUAUUCUGGGUUCUUAAAAAUUAGAAAAUAAGUUAUUUUCUCAAUAUAACAAAGCUGAAUAUAUACGAAACAUAAUUAUACAUAUUUUUUUCUAUUUCAGAUGUGGUCUCCGCCAUUAUUGGCUAAUAUCUCUUGCUUUACUACAUUUAAAGUAAAUAAAGUUUUUCGGAUCUUUACACAAAAAUAUUCUUUGCGCAUCGUUGAUAAAACUGUAUUGUUGCCAGCAAUUUUAAAUGCCAAAAGCCAUAAGGCUUCAUUAGAAGAACUCUAAGUAGGGCUGACGGCUAUAAAAUCUCGAAGUUUACUAAUUUAUAAUGAAGAGGGUAAUACACUUACAACCACAUAAAUGUACUUCUUGCCCUCAAAAUAUGCGGCCCUUUUUAGAUCACAAUCUUGUUACUAAAGUCUAGUUUAAAACACAAAGAUUUUGGACCGUUGCCCGAAAAUGCGAGUUACGUAAAGAAGUAUUCGAAUGGUGCACGAUGUUGAAAAUAAUGCGCUGUUAUUUCGGACCUUUGUCGGGUAUUCAGUUUAAUGCUUUUUCGUUAGGUGUUCGGAUACGGUGUUGCGCAUGUCCCUUCCUUAUUGUUGUCUCAUAUAUGACAUAAUCCAGAAAGGACUAAUUACAGGUAUGCUUAAGGAAAACGCAAUGCUAGUUGAUCGUAGCCGUUUGCUUACAGAGCUCUAAAGUCAUUAUUUACCUGCCAUUUCAAACGACUACUGUCCCUGUGAAAAGCGUAAACAUACACAGCUGGCCUGAUAAUGCUUUCACGACUCGCUUCGAGUUUGCUUUGUUAAAGCUUGAUAAUUAGGCUGAUACGUGUUUGCAAAACAAGUGUUCAAACCUGAUUAAUAUUUCGAAAGAACCAAUAAUGCCACUUGAUAACUUUCUUGCAAAGUCAAAUCUUGUGACCAACCGUGUGUAUGUGCUAAUAUAAAGUGCCCGCUCAUCUAACAAUUCACCCGCCCUAAUUUCAAGUGCAUCUGCGCAAAUCAUUUCCUGUUGAAGUGGUUUUUAAGCAAAAUAAGUUUAUAAUUUACAAGUCAGAACUUCCUCCCUCCUAGUGACCUUAAAUGGCCUUGGUUACUGACUGUCUUUUGCAGCCGAUUAAAUAAAAGUCACUUCACAACGAACGCACCCUAGUUUACACAAUAAUACACUUAAUCACCAAUAACGAUACGUUUUCGAGUACGGAAUCUGCAAAUUUUGAACUAUUUUGUUAACCUUAUUCAAUUUAAGCAGAAGUCAAAUGGUGUUUUAGAAAAAACAAAUUAUUCAGACGUUCCUGGUGCAGACGUGUACGCUAGCUCUCGCAAUGAAUUUAAGUGACAUCCCACGGUUUCAUAAUUACGGCCUUUAUUUUAGCAGGUGAACGAAAUCCCAACAGGUUUGCUGCUGAAAUAUUAAAUUAGCAUAAUAUAUUUAAGAAUAUAUCUUGCGUAAUGUGUGGUUAUAUGAAGCGAUUUUCUGCAUGUAAAGUAGAUGGACUAACUUAUGUAAUGUUAACCGAAAUUUCGAAGUGCGUCAUCGUGUCGAAAAACAUAGGUAGGGUUGUAAAAUAAAUUAUCAUGCAGCAUAAUUCUAUAAUAAAUUAAAUAUUGCGGAAUGCUAAGUUACAGGGUUUUAUUUAUUGAUUUUUGACGCCAUUAUAUAAUUAACCCUACGACAUGGACAACAUGUAAUAAAAAUAAGCUCUUUAAGAUAUUAAAUAUAAUAUAAAGUUUCUGUCCAUUUUUUAAUCCUAAAGUUGGGCAUUAUACGCUUUUUAAAACUUUUUAAAUUUCCGACAAAUUUUAAAAUAAAACUGCGUAACACAUGCAAUAAGGGAUAAAAAAGGGAUGUACAUUUUCCGCGCAUGGAAAACCAUAUAUUUCUCUAAAAUGUCAAUGUCGGCAAUGCCAUUCUGCCUAUAUAUUAUGCGCCGCUGUGCGGCUGCUCGUUGGGCUGGAGAAAAAAGAGGCCUUAACGCACAAAGGAACGAGUGAGAUCCGUAUGAACGAUCGGUGAUCGGCCCCACCAUUGGAUACGGUCUGGCGCAUGUCCCUCCUUUUUUGUUUUCUCAUUUAUGACAUAAACCAUAAAGAACUGAUUACAGGUAUGCUUCAGGAAAACUUGAUGCUAGUUGAUCAUAUCCGAUCGCUCUCAAAGCUCAAAUGGCAGUAUUUGCCUGUCAUUUCAAACGACUACUGUCCCUGUGAAAAGCAUAAACGUAAUAAGCUGGCCUGGUAAUGCUUUCACGGGUAACAUCGAAUUUGGUUUGUUAAACAUUGAUACGCUUUGGCGUUUUCAAACAAGUGGUCAAACCGGAUUGAUAUUUUUAAAGAACCAUGAAUGCCAAGCAAUAGCUUUCUUGCAUAGCCACUUCGUUUGAACAAUCGGGUGUAUGUGGUAAUAUAAAAUGCCCGCUAACCUACCAAUUCACCCGCCCUUAUUUUAAAUGAACCUGCACACAGCAUUAUUUGUUGAGGUGAUGUUUUAGAAAAAUACAGUAGAUAUGCUAACUCAUGAAAUGUCAACUAAAAUUUCGAAAUGUGUUCUCGUUUCGAAAAGAUAAAUUAAGUAGUGUUGCAAAACUAAUCAUGAUGCAGCAUUAGUCUAUAAUGAUGCAGUUACCUCAGGGUGUCCGCUUUCGAAACAACUUAUUUUCGGCUGCAUGUAUGAUCAAUACUCUGCAAAACAUGACUACUUAAGUAGCAAGCAAUUUCCUAAUUGAUUUUCGAUGCCCUUGAAAAUUCAAAUAUAUUUCAUGGAAAGCAUGCAUAAAAAUGUUCAUUCUUUUACUUAUUCGGUAGAAAAUAACGUCUUUGUCCAAUUUCCUACACAAAAGAAGAGUAUAAUACGGUUUUUAAAAAGUUUUUUAUUGGGAGAUUUUAUAAUACCGUUAAAUGGCUGUUCAUGAAACGUCAUGUAUCUGCAUUUACGAAAGUGGCUUGUAAAGUUAACAAUAUUGCAUGCAUUUCUCUACGAUAUUAAGAGGAGAAUAUUUGAGGUUCAUAAAAUUAAGCAGUGGAUUUGAGCAAUAUUGUUAACUUAACAAGCCACAUUCGUAAAUGCAGAUACAUGACGUUUCAUGAACGGCCAUUUAACGGUAUAACAAAUCUCCCAAUUAGAAACUUUUUUAAAAGCAAGUUGUACUCUUCGUUAUAGUAAGAUGAUUUUCUACAGAAUAAGUAAAGAAUGAAUAUUUUUAGACGUGUUUUCCAUGAAGUAUAAUUGCAUUUUCAAGGGCAUCGAAAAUCAAUGAGAAAAUUGCAUGCAAAUUAAGAAGUCAUGUUUUGCAGAGUAUUGAUCUUGCAUGCAGCCGAAAAUAAGUUCUUUCGAAAGCCGACAACCUGAGGCAACUGCAUCAUUAUAGAUUUAUGCUGCAUCAUGAUCAGUUUUACAACACUACUUAAUUUACCUUUUCGAAACGAGAACACAUUUCGAAAUUUUGGUUGACAUUUCAUGAGUUAGCACAUCUACUGUAAGUUUAUAAUUUACAAGUCCGAACUUCCUCUUUCAUAGCGACCUUAAAUAUCCUUGGUUACUGACUGUAUUUUGCAGCCAAUCAAAUAAGUUAUUUCACAAUGAAGGCACCAUACUUUACACAAUAAUACACUUCAUCACUAAUUACGUUACGUUUUCGAGUACGGGAUCUGAAAAUGUUGAACUAUUUCGCAAACAUUGUUCACUUUACGCUGUAGUCAAAUAGUGUUUUAGCAAAGCCUUAAGCUUUUAAGACGUUGCUGAUGCUGACGUUUACGUUAGCGCCCACAGUGAAAUUAAGUGACAUCCCACCGCUUCAUAAUUAUGAAAUUUAUUUUAGCAUAUAAACAAAUUCGCAACAAGUCUCCAAAUGUACUUUCAAGUGAAGUUUGCUGUUGAAAAUCAAAUUAGCAAAAUUUAUUAAACAAUACAUUUUGCGUACUGUAUGGUUGUCUAAAACAAGUUUCUACAUGUACGGCAAAUGAGCUUACUUAUGAAAUGCUCACCAAAAAUCCGAAAUGCGUUUGCGGCCCAAAAAUAUUGCUGAGGUAAGGCUGUAAUAUUAAUAUCAUGGAGCAUAAUUCUAUAAUAAUGAAGUUAUCGCGGGAUGCUGACUUUCGACCUAAAACCGUUUCGUCUGCAAUCAAACACCACGCUCUGUCAAUAAUAACUACCAACGUGACACCUAUUUUUUUCAUUGAUUUUCGACAUCCUUACAUAUUCAGUCCAAUUUCACGGCAAAAUGCGUAAAAAAUCGCUUUAUACUUAUUAAAUAUAAAGCCAGUUCUUCUAUCCAUUUUGCACUUGAGAAAAGGGUAUAAGUGCUUUAUAAACACUCCUCCAAUUCUCGAAAAAGUUUGAACCCCACCUGCGUUACACCUGCAUUUAAAGUUAACUUUACAAUCCGAAUCGGUAAAUACAGAGAAAUUAUGUUUUAUGAACGGCCAUCUCACGGUAUUAAAAAAUCUAACAAUAACAAACUUUUGAAAAUCAAAUGAUAUCCUUCCAUGCAGUAUAAACUCGGAAGAAGUCAUGAUUGUCUACAGUAGAAAUAAUAGAAUGAACAUGCUUUUGCAUGCCUUCCAUGAAACGACGAACGAAUAGAUGCCAUUUAAUUAGCCAUUUUUUACAAAGUGUGGUUUUUGCAUGCAGCCGAAACAAAUUCUGAUCGAAAUUAAGCAUUCCUUGGUAGCGAAAUUUUAACAGAAGUAUGCGGCAUGAGGAUAAAUGUUUAAUUGCCACGUAAUUAAUCUUUUCGGAGCGAAAACUCAUUUUGAAAUUUCACUUGACUUUUUAUGAAUAGCUUAUCUACUGUAUAUAAUUCCCCGAUGAAUUUGUUCCUGUUCAGACGCUACUCAUUAAGAGCCGUGCUCGGAAUCUGAGAGGGUAGUCCCGUGUAAUUUGAUGUGGUUAUUUCAGCCACAGAAGACAUUAAACUGACUGAUAAUUCUUUUCGGAUCUCCCUGACGGAAGAAAAGCAGGCAAACUACGGACAUUUUUUGAUAUUCAAGCAAAUUCCUGUGGCGGCUUUUGUGAAAAAUCAUCUUCAACGCAUCGUGUUAUAAAAGGACACUUUAUGUAAGAAUUAUGUGACAUAUUCAGACCAAAAUAGAAAGGGCAUUCAAGAGACCAAAUAAGGUCGUUAGUGGUGGACAUGAUGCGUUUAAUAAACUUGGCAAUUUGUUUGCAAAUGUUUCCUAACACAGCGCUAAAAUCUUUCCAUAACUAUCAGUUUAAAAUAUUACUCUGACUAUGAAAAAACGCAAACGUAGUUUGUCGUCACGUUAGUGCAAUCACAAUCAGUCCCUCCGGACUUGGUAAACGCACUCAACUAUCCAUGUAUUUCUUCUGUUAACUGUUUGGAGAAUUAAUUUUUAAACAUGUUUUGCUUUUCUUACGAACCAUAAAUUCCAGUUAGGUGACUUCCAUUUAACCAUACUUCAUGGAAAGAACUGUGUAUAUGUGAUAACAGAGGAACGUCUAUCUUAUUUUUAUUCGUGGAAUAUCUAUUGCUGAUGGUGAUUUCAAUGCCUACCAACCACCCAUUCAUCUGAACUCUCAUCCGCUAUAAUUUAGAUGCGCUUAUGCAAACCUGUGUUUUUUCCGAAAAAAAGCGACAGUUUUUCAGUUCGUACUUAAUUUCUUAAAGGGCCCCUCAGGUGACCCUUGAUUUUGAACUUCCUUUUUGUGUGACUGAAACACAGGAUGCAUCAAAAAGAAAGUACUCUAGUUUGUACAAUGAUGGACUAUGUAAGUUAUUCAGUCAUGGAUGUCACAACGGCACAUGGCAGCCCUAUUCAGGGAUGGCAUGGCAACCCCCCACGAGGGGAAUGGCCUAGAAAAGGUGGCCUAAACAUUGCUGGGUACCACGGCAUCUCCAGGCUAGCCAGGGCCGCAGACGUCUAAACAUGGUCGAAACAAUCAAAAUCGAAACAAAAACAAUACCAAUAACAACAAAAACCAUACUCAUUCUUCCUCUUCCUCUGCUUAUUCUUCGACCUAUUCUUCUCCUUCGUCACCUUCUUCUCCAUCUCAUUUCCGUCGCCCCACUCGUUGUUACCAGACUGGCAGGGUGAGCCGGCUCAUUCUGGCAGACUGGACUGUUUGUUCCCUUUAAGACAAUCCGAGGAGCAACCGACCGGAACGAAGGUCGGCGCUCAAGGCACGAGAACUGGCGCGCUACACGGUGGACAUCGCCGCACUCAGCGUGACCCGAUUAUCCGAACAAGGCCAACUGGAGGAGGUGGGUGCCGGCUACACCUUCUUCUGGAGCGGUCGACCCAGGGCAGAGCGACGGGACGCGGGUGUCACCUUCGCCAUUCGGAACGACAUCGUGGGACGACUGCCCUGUUUGCCGCAGGGCAUCACCGAUCGCCUGAUGAGACUCCGCCUGCCUCUCUGGGGAGGCAAUUUCGCCACCAUCAUCACCGUCUUAGCUCCGACGAUGACCAACCCCGACGCCGUCAGAGACAAAUUCUAGGAGGACCUGCACGCCCUCUUGGCGACGGUGUCGAAGGCAAACAAGUUGAUUGUCCUUGGUGACUUCAACGACCGCGUCGGCACGGACCAUACUGCCUGGAGAGGAGUGCUGGGUCCCCACGUUCUACGCGGCUCAAACGACAAUGGUCUGCUGCUUCUUCGCAUCUGCACAGAACACCGCCUCAUCCUGACGAACACCUUCUUCUGUCUGCCUGAGCGAGAGAAGGCCACCUGGAGGCAUCCUCGGUCGCGCCAGUGGCACCUGCUGGACUAUGUCCUCGUCCGGAGGCGAGAUCAGCGGGACGUGCUGGUGACGAAGGCGAUCGCGGGUGCUGACGGGUGGACCGGCCAUCGCCUCGUCAUCUCGAAGAUGCGUAUUCGCCUACAGCCUCGCAGGAGACCACAAGGUAAGAGACCCCCAGGUAAGCUGAAUGUUGCCUUGUUGUCUUUGCCUGCUCACCAUCUUUAUUUCAGCAAUGAGCUAGAUGAAAGGCUAGACAACCUUCCUAUCGCUGCCGCCGACGACGGCGCUGCUGCCAAGAACGCCUCCGUGGAGAACCGCUGGUGUCAACUGCUAAACACGGUCCAGUCGACGGCGCUCGCCGUCCUCGGUCGCGCUCAACGCCAACACCAGGACUGGUUCGACGACAACGAUGCCGCCAUCAGAGAAGAACCGCCUACACAAAGCCUACGUAGAUCACCCCAUUGAUGCCACCAAAGCUGCCUUCUACCGCAGUCGCCGCCAACUUGAGCAACGACUGCGCGAGAUGCAAGACGCCUGGACUGCUCGCAAAGCUGAAGAGAUCCAAGGGUACGCGGUGGGCCGAGCAUUUUCGAGGCGUCCUCAACCGCCCCUCCGUCAUCUCCGACGCCAGCAUCGAGCUUUUGCCGCAAGUGGAGACCAACGUGGACCUCUACCUCCCGCCAUCUCUCCAGGAGACCAUCACGGCCGUGCAGCAGCUCUCCAGCGGGAAAGCACCAGGAUCUGACGCAAUCCCUGCUGAGGUCUACAAGCACGGAGGUCCCCAACUGAUGGAUCACCUGACUGCGCUCAUCCAAGAGAUGUGGCGUCAAGGUGAAGUCCCGCAAGAUUUCAAAGACGCAACCAUCGUGCAUCUCUACAAGCGCAAAGGGAAUCGCCAAGUCUGCGACAAUCACCACGGCAUCUCCUUGCUGAACAUCGCCGGGAAGAUCUUCGCCCGCAUCCUUCUCAACCGCCUCAUUAACCAUCUGGAACAGGGCCUUCUGCCGGAAAGCCAAUGCGGCUUCCGUCGUCAUCGUGGGACCACGGAUAUGAUCUUCACCGCCCGUCAACUUCAGGAGUAG